AUGCUGGGCGCACAUCGGCGCCCGCCUUUGGAGGCCGGCCGCCUCUAUGUCGUCCUAAGCUUGGCCGAGGCGGAGACCGUGCGGAAGGUGAUGCACGCACGUGCGAUGGAGAAGCCGGAAGGCUACGUGCUGUCGUUGCGCUGCGUGGGCCACGGCACCGGCCGCACCUUGGACGCCACGUGCCCCUUCCCGGAGCCGGCGGAUCACCAGCUGCUGAUGGCCAUGCAGGCCUCGCGCUUCUUGGACUGUCAGACCUACUUUGAGGACUACUGCAUCCCCAUCAUGCUGCGAUCAGUCAUGAAAGACGCAGCCUUCCGGAGGCGCAAGUGGUUUGAGGGCACGGGGGCAUCUUUGGGGUCUUCCAUGCACUGCGACGAGCUGUGCCGCGCGUUGAAAACGCAGCCGCCAUGGUACCGACUGCCAGCGGACAUCACGCCGCUGCUGUCUGCCGACACCGAGGAGUGCGAGGCGGCGCUGCGAAGGUUGGCCCCGGGGCCGCUGGGCUUGGACACGGAAUGGGCCGACAGCAAAGGCACCGUGGCGCUUCUGCAGCUGGCCACCCGCCAAGGCUGCCUGCUGAUUCAGCUGCCCAAGCUUGAUCGGUUGCCACCCAGCUUGCAGUCGCUGCUGCUCUGUGAGGACUACGUGAAAUGCGGCGUGGGCAUUGCCCAAGACCUGCGACUGCUGGAGCAGCAGUUCGCCCUGCGCAGCCGAGGCGCGUUGGAGUUGCAGCACCUGGCGGUCAAGUACAACCACACGGACCACGGUUUGGGCCUCGCGGCGCUGUGCCGGUCUUUGCUCAAUCGCCGGCUUGACAAGCGCACGGAGCUGAGGAGAUCUGAUUGGACAGGUGAGCUGUCGGUGGAGCAGAUUGCCUACGCCGCCGGCGAUGCCUUCGUGGCGGUGGAGAUCCUGGAGGAGCUGCAGUCGCGGUACGCACCUUGCGGAACGCUCCGCGAGUGGUGCGGCGACUUUGUGGACAAGCUGCCGAAAGGCCGCAGCCUGGGCCAAGCCAAAACGAGGUCCAGGGAGAAGGCCAAAGUGGUGCACGCCCCGAAGCGCCAGACCGAGCUGUAUGGGGGGUGCCGGCUGCUGUCGCCCGCUGGCCUUCACCUGGCGAACGUCUCCAGCGCCAAGGCGGCCUGGUACGUGAGCAUGGGCCUGGGCCGGCGCCUGGACUCCGCGGAAGAUCGGGUGGUGGUGCAGCUGAACUUCGAGCCCAAGGGGGUGGGCCACGCGGGGGACCAGUUCUACCUGCAGAUCAUGGAGAACCAGUGUGUGGGCUGCGGCUCCAAAGAUCACCUGGUCCGCUUCUCCAUUGUGCCCCACGUCUUUCGCGCCCUGCUGCCCCGGAGGUUCAAGGAGCACUCCAGUCACGACAUCGUGCUGCUGUGCCACAGUUGCUACGUGCCAGCCUCCGACGCCGCCCAGACCUUGCGGCGGCGGCACCUGAGCUCCUGUAACCUCUCGGACCCCAGCACGCCGGGAGUGGCGGGGCGCUUCAGGAUCGACCAGCAAAAGCUACGUGCCCGGGGUGCUGCGGCGGCUUUGCAGUGCCCAUCUCUGCCGCCACCGGUGCGCGAGGCCAAAGAGGCGGUGAUCCGCGAGUUCCUGCAGAAAGCCCCAGGAGAGCCGCUCAGCGCUGCGGAGCUGAGCAGCGCCCGCGCUUUGGAUCCCAAGGUGGCGGUGGAGGGCUACCAGUCCCCGGAGGCCAGCUGCGCGCAGCAGCUGGGCUUCGCCUCGGAGGACCCGGACCUGGAGACCAGGUGCUUCAACUUUGUGCUGACCUGGCGCCAAGCCUUCCUGAACGCCGUGCAGCCUCGGCACCUCCCGGCCGGCUGGAAUCUGCACCGGAGCAUCCGCAAGCAUGCCGCCCAGAGCUGCCGGCGUCGCUUUGGACGGUGGCAGGAGCAGCCAGUGGCGGAGAUCCUGACCCUGGACAGUGACCUCUCCUUACUGGAGGAGGCGAGCUUGAGCGUGACACUGCGGGAAGCUCUCAGUGGUAAGAACCUGAGCAUCCGCGGCGCCUUCGACAUCUUCGAUUCAGACAAGAACGGCUCAUUGGACAUGGUGGAGACCUGGUCCGCCCUCUACCACUUGGGCCUUCGAGGCAUCUCCGCGGCCCAGGUGGUGCGGUUCUUCGAUCUGAUGGACGAGGCCAAGGUGGGCCGCGUGGGCUUCCGGGAGUUCCACAACUUCGUGGAGGCAGCCAUCGAGGAGAAGACGCAUCAUCUCCCAGCGCUCUCUCGGGUGGUGUCCGAGGAGCCCGAGCUGGCGCACGCGCCGCCGGCGCUGCGGCGCGUGCUCUCCAGCGACCCCAGCCCGCAUCCGCCGAUGCCGCGGCAGACCUCGCCUGCGGUGUCACCGGUGCCGGAGGGCAGCACCUUGAAUCUGCCGCUGCAGCCGCCGGACCUGGCGCGGCUCACGUCCGGCCCCGGUGGCCCCGGGCCGGGCCCUGCGCUGGCGCGAGGCGGUACUGUGGGAGGACCGCCGCUUCUGGGGAGGCAUUCCUCCUUUCAGGCAACGGCCACGCUCUUCUCGGAGCCGCGGUUCAAGGAGGAGCUGGAGCUGGCGCGCAAGGCCUUCGCAGACGCGCGUCGAGAGGCGGAGGCGGCGCACGAGCAGAAGUACACCGAGGAGUUGAGGAUCAUCGAGGAGAAGCAGGAGGAGGAGGAAGAGAAGAAGCUGGGCUCCAACCCUUCCCUGUCGGAGGCCGGGGAUGCUGCGGAGUGGUCCUUCCAGCGGUCCCGGCUGCCCGCACACUGCCAGACCGUGCCCAAGCACCGUUGCGACUUCGAGGUGGACCCAGACGCCUUGGUCCCGGAUCGAAAGCGCUGCAUCCUGCAGGCGGGCGCCUCAUUGGAGCUGCCGAUGCCCACGGGGCUCUCGGUGGGGAAGGGCGCGCGCCCCUCCUUAGAGGCCUACAGCUUGACCGUGUUCUUCCAGCUGCCCAAGGACUGGUCCAUGGAGCGCGGGAGCAUCACCCCGCUGCUGGACUUCCCUCGGGCUGAGGAGGCGAUGUGGGGCGAGCCCUCCGCGCAGCUGGUGGCGCUGCACGACGGCCAGCUGGCCCUGCGCUCCGUGGGCGAUGAGGACUUCAAGGUGAAGGCCAAAAAGGAAGAGGAGGAGAACCAAAAGAAGAAAGAGGCACGCAAGGAGGCGGAGAAGAAGAGGAAGGAGGCGAUCAAGGCCGCCAAGAAGGCAAAGCCUAAGAAGGCUGAAGCUGAGAAGGCCGAUGGAAAGACCGACGACGAUGACAAGAAUGCCAAGACUGAAGAUGCCAAGACCGAAGAUGCCAAGACCGAAGAUGCCAAGACCGAAGACGGCGACAAGGCGUUUGAAGCAGCUCAAAGCCCAUGGUUUGCUCUCGAAUAUGAGACGGUAUCAUCGGUUUGUGUUGGGAGAAUGCUGGGCGCUUUUCCCACCAUCAACGUGAACAGAGAGCGGGUUAGUGCGCAUGGCGAGAUGCAGUGGUCAUUGCAGGAGAAGAAGGCCGAAGACAAGAAAGAUGACGGCGACUUCCGCCUACUCCCUUCGGUUGGAACUUGGUACACAGGCCAGUUGUCCAGGAGUUAG